AUGUUCAAGCAUGUCAUCCUCCGCGCUUUGGUCUUCAUUGAAGACAUCUUCAACUACCAAUAUCACGGUCAACCAACUUCCGACUUCUUUCCUGCCAUUUGCCCUGUAAACACAUUCAGCCUCGGACCAUUCACAAACCACACGAACGGCUCUCAUUACAACAAUGAGUCUUUGGUCCCAUGGACAUACAAACCAAAGUGCAUCAGAGCCGCAGAUGACCCGAGCAUCGAAUUCUGCGUGUACACCAAGGCCGAUUACGGCGACCAUGGCAUCAGCAUCAUCACCAAGUCGAAAACGAUGGCAGAAAGCGUCAACAGUUGUCAAAGAUCUCAGCAAUCCAUCCUCACAGAACCAAAGCCUCACACCAAACCCCAGCCCUUCACACAACCGAAGCCAUACAAAAUCGUCGACCUUGAGGACAAGGGACGAGGCAUCGUAGCCACCCGUCUGAUCCGCGCUCACGAAGUAAUCAUGGUCGACCACGUCGCAUUACUUCUCGACGGGGCUUUCGCCGACUACAUGACGGAAAAGCAAGGCUACGACCUGCUUGACCUCGCCGCGAACCAACUUCCUCGUCCCGAGGUAAUCCUAGGCUUGUCCCGAGGCGGACCCGACGUUCCAAAGUCCCAUCCGGUCUUUGACGUGAUGACGAUGAACUCGUUUGGGGGUGUCAACCUGAGCAUACCCAACGCGGCUUUAUUUCCGGAUAUCUCAAGAACAAACCACCACUGCAAACCAAACUCCCACAUGAUCCUCGCAAACGGCGAAUUAACCGCCAUUAUCCGCUCAUAUCGCGACAUCCCCGAGGGCGAAGAAAUCACAAUCAAUUAUCUGCCAGAAGGUCUUCAACGUAAAUACCGACAUGCUAUGCUAGAAGGCUGGGGCUUCGAAUGCAAAUGCUCCAUGUGCGAAGCGUCAGCCGCUGAAAUCGCCGCGUCCGACGACAGGCGAACACGAAUCGACGACCUGGACAUCGAUGCGGAGAUGGCGUCCAAGGAGAACAAGACGGAGCUGGCUAUCCAGCUCACGGAGGAGAGCAUCGAGUUGCUGCGCGAGGAGGACCUAAUGAUGCUUACCCCGGAGCGGUACGAGUCUCUGAUAAGCUUGAACACCAUGUUGGGGAGGUGGGACGAAGCGGAGAAGUAUAGGGAUAUGAUGAUCCAGAAGCGCCGGGAACUUGAGUGGGUGGAGUAUUAG